UCUGUCGCUCCGCUCUCCUUUGUUUACGUUUAUGCAGCAACAUGGAGGACGAGGUGGAUGUUGACAUCGAGGGAGAUGAGACAGAGAUCAGACUGAAUGAGCUGGACUCAGGGGGUUUAGUUCAGGAGCACUUCAUUCAGUCUGCGUGGACGAGCAGCGCGGGGACACUGCCUUGGGAGCUGGACAGCUCCAUCAGCCCAGAGAACAGAGAGGUCAUACAGAGGAUGCUGCUGGAGGAACAAUACUACCUGACAGGUAAAGAGAUUCCUGAUCAUAUUUGGGAAAGUGAUCUGAACAACAAGCCCAAAGUGAAGAAUUCUCCAGCCAAACCCUCGGCCGCAGCCUCUGGAUCCUCUUCUCAUUGGUCCAAACAGGAGAAAGAGCUGUUUGAGGAAGGACUGGCUCAGUUUGGUCGAAGAUGGACCAAGAUUGCCAAACUGGUGGAGAGCCGUUCUGUCCUCCAGGUCAAGAGCUACGCCAGACAGUAUUUCAAACACAAGGCUGAAUCAGAGCCCAGAUCUGCAGCUCACUCUUCUGGAUCUGCCCUGCACCCUCCUCAGACCACAUCCAGUCAUGCAUCCCCGCUGGUAAACACUGUCCGCAUAGAGAAGCUUUGUGAUGGCGAGGACGAGGAUGUAGACAUCACAGAUGACCUGAGUGAUGAUGAAGAUGAUAAACCGCGGACUGGGAUCAAAACUGAGCCAGAGCAACAAACAGAGAUCCAGAUAGACAGUCCAGAAGGAGAGCAGGAGGAGGCAGGUGAGGAUGAGGAUGAGGUGGAGAGCACCCAGGAGACGAAGGACCAGCACAGCCACAUCGCUCCUUUUCCACAAAGUCUUCAAUCUUCAUCGUCGUUCCCUUUCACUGAGGAGCCUGUUGUCACCGAGCAAGACGAGACAGUGUCGCCUCCUCUGAAGAGCCCUCAGACAGAAACUCAGACAGACUCAAAGGGGAUGAAUGAUGAGCAUGAGGCCCAGUGUUCCCAGUCUGAGAGCUCAGCACAGACUGGUCUACUAGAGGAAGCCUUUUGUGAUGAGACAGACUCAAGGAUGUUUAGUCAGGGAUCAGAUGAUGACCUAGAGGAGGAGGAGGAGGAGGAUGAGGAUGAAGAGGAGCUCAAGGUACCUGAGGAGGAAAUUACAAUGGAAAGGGAGACCGUCACUGAGGAUGAGAAACAAGCUAUUCCAGAGUUCUUUGAGGGACGGCCAUCCAAGACCCCUGAACGAUAUCUGAAGAUCAGAAACUACAUCCUGGAUCAGUGGUUGAGGAGCAAGCCCAAGUACCUGAACAAGACCUCUGUCCGCCCAGGCCUGAAGAACUGCGGCGAUGUCAACUGCAUCGGGAGAAUACACACCUACCUGGAACUUAUAGGAGCCAUCAACUUCAACUGUGAACAAGCCGUGUACAAUCGCCCUAAGGUGGUGGACCGCUCCAAGCAUAAGGUGGGCAAAGACGUGCUCGAGGCCUAUCAGCUCGCCCAGAGGCUGCAGAGCAUGCGGACCAGGAAGCGCCGUGUUAGGGACCUAUUGGGAAAUUGGUGUGAUGCUAAAAACCUGGAGGGACAGACAUAUGAGCAUCUCAGUGCUGAGGAACUUGCUCUGCGGAGAGAGGAGAUGAAGAGGAGGCCGAGGCCCUGCAAGAUGUCCAGAUACAAAGGGUCGUUCGAUCCCUUCCAGCUGAUUCCCUGCAGGUCUUUUGGUGAGGAUGUACAGGAACCAUUCCAAGUCAUUGUGUGUGCAGAGACUCUUCUCAUCAUGGACAUGCAUGCGCACGUGUCACAUGGGGAAGUCAUCGGUCUGCUCGGUGGGACUUUUAAUGAGAAAGACAAAGUGUUGAAGAUCCGUGUGGCAGAGCCGUGCAACAGUGUGAGUACAGGUUUGCAGUGUGAGAUGGACCCGGUGUCUCAGACGCAGGCCUGUGACGUGCUGUCGUCCCUGGGCUUCAGUGUUGUGGGCUGGUACCACUCACACCCCUCCUUCCACCCCAACCCUUCAGUACGGGACAUAAACACACAGGACCAGUUCCAGAGUUAUUUCUCACGAGGCGGAGCCCCCUUCAUUGGUAUGAUUGUGAGCCCGUAUGACCCAGCAAAUCCAUCCCCCCACUCCCAAACCACCUGUCUGCUGGUGAAAGAGAGCCAGGAGCCCUCAGGCCCCCAGAAGCUGCCCUACAGAUUUGACUUCCUUUCAUCACAAGACAUCCCAGACUGGGAACAGACAAUGAAGAGGGCUCAGUGGAUCAUCAGCAAAUACUCUCAAACACCCGGGACUGUGCAGUUGGACAGAUUUUUCCGGAAAGACUCUCGUCUCACAUGUUUGGAGAAGAUGCUGUCGUCUCUCGCCAGGUACCUAGAGCCCCUGCCAGAUGAGGAGGGAGAGUCCUUCCUCACCCAGGUCCACGCCCUUCUCCAGUCAGACUUUAUUACUAAGCAGCCAUGGGAAGGGGAAGGGUCUUUAAAUACCUCAACCAGACCAGUGGACAACUUGGCUGCUGAUCAGCUGCUCAGCCAGAACAGGUUCCAGGAAGGAGACUCUGAUCCGGAUUGUGGCAGAGCUUCAGGCAACAAUGAACAGAUCACCACGGAAACAACCUCAGAGACAAACAGCAACGCAGUGUUACACAUGGGCUCAGUGUUAUCCACCGAACAUGACUAUUUACUGUGAUGGACCAGUUAUAUCUCAUUCGUCCUGUAACAUUUAACGAGUAUAAAGUUUUAUGUAAAUAUUAUGACUUUUUAUCAGUAGUACAAACUAUCUGAUCUAUUUUUUUAAAUAACAUCUUAUUCUGUUAGAAUCAGAUAAUGUGAACAGAAUUCAUAUUAAAUUCCUUUAACCAAAAA